CUUCAAACCCCAAACAUUAAUUCAAGAUCAAAUUUUUACAUAAAAAACCCAAGAACUCCAACAUCCAUGGCGGCCAUCAUCAACAUUCUUCUAAUUUCCUAUCUUCUCCAAUUCGCAUAUGCAUCUGAUCCAAGCCCUCUUCAAGACUUCUGCGUUGCUGUCGACGAUUCUGCUGCAGCUGUGUUCGUGAAUGGGAAGAUCUGCAAGAACCCAAACAUGGUGGUCGCCGACGACUUCGUCUUCCACGGCCUGAACAAGCCCGGCGACACCAACAAUGCCGUCGGGUCGAGGGUCACUCCGGUGAACGUCAACCAGAUUCCGGGCCUGAAUACCCUCGGAAUCUCCGCCGUCCGAAUUGACUACGCCCCUUACGGCCAAAACCCGCCGCACACGCACCCACGCGCCACCGAGAUCCUUAUAGUGGUGGAAGGCACUCUGUACGUCGGAUUCGUGACGUCGAAUCCGGCAGACCCUAACCAGAAAAAUAAGCUAUUUACUAAAUAUUUGUACCCUGGAGAUGUCUUCGUCUUCCCUGAGGGUUUGAUUCACUUCCAGUUUAACGUCGGAAAAACUAACGCCGUCGCCUUCGCCGGCCUGAGCAGCCAGAAUCCGGGAGUUAUUACCAUUGCCAACGCUGUCUUCGGAUCGGAACCGCCAAUUAACGAUGAUGUAUUGGCGAAGGCCUUCCAGGUUGGGAAGAAUGUCGUCGACCAGCUCCAAGCACCUUUCGAAUAAAUUAAUUAAUGGCGCAGAUGAUCAUCGAUGAUACUUCGACUAUAUAUAUAUAUAUAUAUAUAUGGAUGGAACUUAAUUUACUGCUUCGUUUUUGCAUCGACAGGUGAUUUGUGUUAUUCACCUUUCAGCUGGCUUCGAAUAACUGUACUGUUGUCUUUAAUUUGUAUACUUCUUCGAUGAUAUAAAAUAAAACUUCCUUAAAUUGUAGUAA